AUGCAGGCCCAACAGCAGCAGCAGCUCUUGCAGGCGCUGCUAGCGCAGCAGCAGGCACAACAGGCUGCAGGGAUAAAAAGAGCCGGCCCUGCCAAGCCCAAGAAGCGCACCGUACAGCCCACUCAUCUCGUGCCCGAGUCGCCGGCUAUCGUGGCGAUCGGCGAGCACGAGCGCAAGGUCGACCUGCUGCUGAAGCGCCGCCGCCUCGAGGUACAGGUCGCCACCUCGGGCGAGCAGCCAGUGCGCAAAAAGGUCCGCGCAUACCUCAUACACCGCCAUGCCAACCAGCCCGGCGGCGGCAGCGUCGGCGGCGCGGCAGUGGAGCCGCCGCAGUGGAGCCUGCACCUGUCGGGGCGUGUCGACCCAGACACGCCUGUGGAUCCUAUGGCAGCGGCCCUGACCGCCCUGCAGCAGCACAACCAGACCGGCGCCGCGCACGCGCAGGCGGCCGCCGUCGCGGCCGCGGCGGCCGCGGCGCGGCAGGGCAGCGCUUACCCGUUCACGAGCCUCUGGCGGCGCAUCACGGUCACCAUCCGCCACAGGCGGCAGCAGGAGCAGCAGCAGCAGCAGCAGCAGCAGGGUGCAGGGGGCGGCGAGGCGGAAGUCGAGGAGGUGGUCGUGUGGGAGAAGUCGCGGCACAAGGGGCCUCACAAAGAGGAGCUGCAGCUGCUGCGCAUGAGCAGCCGGCCGGCCAGCGUGACUGUCAAGCUGGAGGCGGACAACACCCCGCCGCGGUUUAGGCUGCCUGCCGGUCUGGUGCAGUUUGCAAACAGCACGUACGACACGCGCCAUGGCGCGGCGCGCGCGGCCAACGCCAAGCCCGGCCACUUUGUGGUGCUGCAGCCCAUUGCGGGCGCCCUGGGGCUGGCGCCCGGGUCUGAGAUUAGUAAGCAUGACGUCAUGGAGGCAGUGGCGCGCGUGCUGGAGCCGGUGGAGCCGUUGGUGCUGACUCAUGAGAUAGACUUCUCGGAACCUUCCCCCUGCGGCACCAAGCACUGCUGGGACUUCACAAUGGACAUGCCCACGCGGCCGGCAGAGCGCGCGCACCCGGUGCUGGAGGGGCUGUCGGCGCAGAUGGAGCGUGAGCUGGAGGAGCACGAUAAGGAGCUGGCGGCAGCGCUGGCGGCGCUGGCGGAGGCGCGGCGGCGGCGCACGAUGCUGCUGGGGUUCAGCCAGGAGCCGGCUGACUUCAUUGACGCUCUGAUGGCGGCGCAGGCCCGAGACCUGCGCGCCGCGACCGGCGCGGGCGCGGUGGUGGGGGGCCGCCAGGUGUUCGAGACGCCGCGCCGCAGCGACGCGUUCAGCGCGGGCUGGGUGGAGGAGGCUGUGCUUAAACACCUCGCGACCAAGCGGCUGGAGCAGCAGCGGGCGGCGGCCGCGGCGGCCGGGGCGAGCAUGCCGGCGGCGCAGCAGCAGCAGCUGCAGCAGCAGCAGUUGCAGCAGCAGCAGCUGCAGCAGCAGAUGCUCAUGAUGCAGCAGCAGCAGCAGCAGCAGCAGCAACAGCAGCAGCAACAGCAGCAGCAGCAGGCCGCAGGGCCAGGCAUGGACGGGGCAGGCGGCCAAGCGGCGCUGCAGGCGGCACUGCAGCAGCAGCAGGCAAUGAUGAUGCUGCAGCAACAGCAGCAGAUGCAGCAGCAGCGGCAGCAGAUGCAGCGGCCGCCAGGGAUGUGA